AAAAACCUUCUUUCCCCUUCAUAUUUCUCCAUUUCCUUAAUCUUCGCGUCAUUUCCCUCUUCCAAAGAGCGAAAGAAAGAUCGUUAUCCUCUUUGUUCAUCUAGAUUCUCUUGCAAUUGCAAAGGCCGUUUGGUUUUUCGAUUGGGUUAAGAUCUUGGAUCCUAAUCUCUGAUCUGAUUCAAAUCUAGGGUUUUCUCUUCCGAUCACCCCAAUGAAUUUAGAUUUUGUAUGACAUACGCCAUCCUCAUGCGUCGAAUUCGUUUGGUCCACUCGUUCUCUGUUGUGUUUCUGUACUGGUUCUACGUUUUCUCAUGAAUUAUUUCCAGAUCUAAUUGAAAAUAUCUGUUUCUGUUUGCUUAUUCCUCAAAUUUGUAGUAGUCUAACUCGUAGAACCCUAAUUCUCCGUGAAUUUCACGAAUUUCGUUUCCUAAUUCAUUCAAUUAAGAAUUCAUAACCCCGAUUUGGUAACUUUUUUUGGGGGAAAAUAUACUAAUGGCUUCGAUUCAACGACCUGCGAGCUCUGGAUCUGACGGCGACCCUAGAUCCGCUACGUUCGAUGAGAGGAAGAGGAAGAGGAUGCUCUCGAACCGCGAAUCGGCUAGGCGGUCCCGGAUGAAGAAGCAGAAGCAGGUGGAGGAUCUGACCGGCGAGGUGAGCCAGUUGCAAAUCGCAAAUUCUCAGCUGGUGCAGAGCAUCAACGCCAAGGAGCAGGCCUAUAUGGCGAUUGAGUCCGGUAACAAUGUUCUCAGGGCUCAAGCUCUGGAGUUGACCGAUCGCUUGCGGUCCCUCAACUGUGUCCUUCAGAUCAUCGAGGAGGUGAGCGGAUUCGACGUGGAUAUCCCGGAGAUACCCGACCCGAUGAUGAACCCGUUGCAGUUCCACCGUCCGAUUCAUCCGAUCAUGGCGUCUGCUGACAUGUUUCUGCUUUGAUCAAAGCGAUCAUGAUGCUUAGGAAUCAUCCAGCUAUUUCGUGCGAGUCAUUUUGUUAUCUAGAUUUACAUGGUUGAGUCAUUUUGUCGUGUAGAUUUACAUGGUCGUUUAGGUUUUUUAGAUGGUGUCGGGUUAAUUUGAUAAAUAAUGGGGUGUGCUAUGAAGCGUGAGCUUGAUUGAUAUGUGUAUGGUGGUCGUUUUGGUUUGGUUCUCUGUUUGGUAUGUGAAAAGAGUUUAAUAUUA